AUGCCUCCUCUGUCGGCAUACACUUCGUUUGAGUCCCUUCUCUUCUUCCAGUCUCUGGCGACUUUGGAUUCCCGACCGACAAGCUUUGGGUCGAUUUCCACGCUCCUGCGCAACAACCAGCUUGUACGCGACAAUGUAGAGUUCGAUGCCGAUCGGCUCACCCCAGAGGCCCUGGAAGAUCUGUAUGCGACGUUGAUGCGCGAUGGCUUCAGUGUGGACAGUGCGACUUUGGCCGAUACUCGCCCGACUGCCAUAUCCAGCCCACCCAAUCCGAAGAAGCGCAAAAUCUCCAGCCCACGACCAACAGAAUUGGCUGAUGGAUUAGCUCAUGCCACGCUCAUCCCGGACGUUGUGGCGCAUCUCUACGCCAAAUACAAAGAGCUGGUAACAAAGGAAAUCAGAGAAGAUGAGAAGAAAUACUCGGAAAUCAGGGCGGAACUAGAACGGCUACAGGAGGAGGAUGAGAAGGACAGACCUGGUGUAGCCGAAGCUACGCCUUCGAAAGCCCCGAAGGCCGCAAAACCAGUGCCGACCGAACCAACGGGCAUUGAUGUGAAGAAAGAGACCCCGCGCCAAAACGUACCAGAGCUUACUGGCAAGCCGCUAGAGGCAACUGUUCCUGUGGCCCAGGAGAAGCCAAAAUCCGAGCAACGGCUACAGCGCAUCGAAGUAAACGUACCCCCUCCACCACAAGAUAUGCCGAAGGUCAAACCAUCUCCAUCAGUGGCCCCAUCUCCUAUUGUUUCUCAAGCACCAACACCACCACCUCAACCUCAAGGCACGCACGGGCAAGGAGCUCAACCGCAGCCGGCACAUCCCCCACUUCCAGCGAAAGCGGCCAUCCAACCUCUCGCACCCUCAGCUCAGAAAAUACCCCCUACGACACCUGCCGCAGCGCGAACUGCGCCAUCACAUCCCUCACAGAUUGCACCCCGGGCUCAUCCCAUACCACCCCCGUCAAGUGUUGCAGCGAAGACAGGCCCUGUACUACCGGCCUCUCAAAGAACCCCCGCUCAGCCGACCUUCCAACAGUGGCAGCUAGAUCCUGCUCCCCAUUCGCCAUACCCCAACAUAUCUCCAGGGACGGCCACACCCCAAACAGCACAGGCCACCGCCAAGCGACCUAUUCUUCCUCUAUCUACCAGCACACCUUUGCCAGGAGCCCAAGUCCAGGCUUCUUUUCCACCCCUCGGCCCAAAUACACCCAGUGCCGUUCCUUCCGCAGUGCACACCCCGGUUCCUAUUGGCCGACCGCGCUUGUCUCAGACCCCAAGUUCGACAUUCCCCUCCUUCUCCGAAUCACGCGCCUCUCACCCACGCUUGUCCAUUGACACUCAAGGUUCCUCGACGCCAUGGAAGAGGACUCCUCGCCUGAGCAUCCCGCACUCCCCAACAUCACCUCCACGGCCACGUCCGGAAGAUGUCAGCCCUAUCAGUGAAAGAGGUCAAUCACCCAUUGACGCGAUGGACAUGUCACCUCCACCGAGAAAAUACUCAGAAGACAAGAAGUCACGACGUGGCCAACCCGACAGCAAAGCCACACCUAUUGUUAAAACCGAGAAGCCAGGAUCCACGCGGAGGACGCGGGCCGCAAGUUCGGCUUCUUCCCCGAGCCGAGGGCGAUCCCUGGCUUCGCGGGAUGGUUCAGCUGCGCCCUCGGAUGAUACACAGCGAGCAUCGGGCCGUCGGAGGGGUGGAACUGCUGUCGCUGACGAUGAAACUCCUAAAGCACGGUCGAAACGAAAGCGCGGUGCUAGUGAAGCUCUGGAGCUAGAGCCACACCCCGCUGACAUCCCCAAAUUCGACACGACUCAAUAUGUCAUGGCCACGCGAAACUUCCACCGUACUGCAGCUCCGAUUAUGAAUGAUGUUGCAACCCACAAGCUUGCCUCCAUCUUCGGUAAACCAAUUGGAGAACGCGAUGCUCCGGGCUACCACGACCUCAUCUACCGUCCACAGGACUUGAAGACUAUCAAGUCUGCCAUCCACCAGGGAAGCAAAGCAGUUGCUACUGCAGGGGAGUCUUUAAGCACCCCAGGAGAUGGAGAAUCUCCCGCUCCGGGCGGCUCGUCGUCUAAACACGGCGUGCUAAUGCUGCCAAAAACCGAGGAUUUUGUUCCCCCUAAAGGCGUGGUGAACUCAGCACAAUUGGAGAAGGAAUUGAUUCGCAUGUUUGCCAACGCUAUCAUGUUCAACCCCAUCCCCCAGCGCGGCUUUGGUCCCGCUUUUCCCAUGUCUAGUGACCGCGACUCCCGUGAGAGCACUCAAGUCGGCGAUGGCGACGAAGGCGGUAUCAUCCAGGACUCUCUAGAGAUGUUUGAGGAUGUUCAACAGGCCGUUACUCGGUGGCGCGCUGCUGAGCGCACCGCCGAUGAGCUGGCUAAUAAGAAUGUUCUCUCCUUGCGGCGUGGCAGUGCCAGUGAUUUCAACACGGACAGUACCGAUGACGUGAAAGGAUGA